AUGGCCUCGGACGACGUGACGGACAAGUGCCGCCUUGCCAUGGCCUACAGCCUACGGAUACUUCUUCUUUCUAUUGUCAAAGACCCAGGCCAGACUGAAGCUCUUCAGGACGCAUCGUGGCUCUCGCAGGAUGAUGCCGGCGGCGAGGGCGUUGGCACUCUGGGGGGCUCUUCUCCUCAGCUGUGGAAGACUCAUAGCGAAAUCUACCAUGCUGUGCAUCGACAGCCUGACAUGACAGGCUCUCGAGUAGGCACGCAAAGGCUCUAG